AUGCAUACAUCGAUAGACACUGACUUCAUUCUCUCCUCUGGAAGCCUUCCAUGCCAGUUUCGAUCUCCGACGCUCCCCUUUCUUGCACCACGAGUCGCUCCCCCUUUCUCUCACCCUCUACCACCACCUGUCAUCGACGUCGUCAUCACACUCACAACUUCAAAGAUGGGGCGGUGUGAGUCAUCAUCACACACAGUGUUAACGUUUCUCUCUCAGUCUCUCUGGACACGUGUUUGGCCACUGUAUCGCCAGCUACGUCAGUGCUUUCUAUUUUUAUGGAGAAGUGAUCAAGAAACAACAAUGGAGGGAAAGGAAGAGGAUGUUCAUUUGGGAGCUAACAAGUACCGGGAGAGACAACCGAUUGGGACGGCGGCGCAGGUACCAGAUAAGGAUUACCAAGAACCACCACCGGCUCCGUUCUUUGAGCCAUCGGAGCUUACUUCCUGGUCGUUUUACAGAGCCGGGAUUGCCGAGUUUAUCGCUACUUUUCUGUUUUUAUACGUCACCGUUUUGACGGUCAUGGGAGUAGUUAAGUCGCCGACCAAGUGCUCCACCGUUGGCGGGCAUAUUAAUCCGGCGGUGACAUUUGGGUUGUUUCUGGCAAGAAAACUGUCGUUGACCAGGGCGUUGUACUACAUGGUGAUGCAGUGUCUUGGCGCCAUCUGCGGCGCCGGUGUCGUUAAGGGGUUCGAAGGAAGCAAACAGUAUAAGCUACUCGGCGGUGGCGCAAACACGAUUGCACACGGUUACACCAAGGGCGACGGCCUCGGUGCUGAAAUCAUCGGCACAUUUGUCCUCGUUUACACUGUAUUCUCCGCCACUGACGCCAAGCGCAGCGCCCGAGACUCCCAUGUUCCGAUAUUGGCGCCGUUGCCAAUUGGGUUUGCUGUGUUUUUGGUGCACUUGGCCACCAUUCCGAUCACCGGAACUGGAAUUAACCCGGCAAGGAGCUUGGGAGCUGCCAUUAUUUUCAACCAGGACCACGCAUGGAAUGAUCACUGGGUAUUCUGGGUAGGACCUUUCAUCGGAGCAGCACUUGCAGCACUGUACCACGUAGUGGUGAUCAGGGCCAUCCCAUUCAAGAACAAAUGAGGAAGACGACGAUCCUUUUGUUUUUUCGUUUUUGUUUGUAAAAUGUAUGUAGUAGUUGUAGUGGUUUCCUUUGUUUUUCUAAUAAUUCCAUAAGAAUCCAUUUGAGAAUUGGGGUGGAUGAGUCUGUUUGGGGGUCCACAUCAAAGUAUUUGUGGGCUUAUCUUGUACUGUAAAUUUAUUCUCUAAGCUGUUGGAAUACUUAUCUUCAUACACGAAUUGUUUAGAUAUAUGCUUAUCUCUAUUUUAAAUUGGUC